GAAUCGAAAUAAAUGGGGUGUUUGUGUAAAUACAUUAAAAUGCUUAAGAACUUGUGGAUUUUAAAAACUCCAGCUUUCUCCGCUUGAGCUCAUCAUAGCCACUAACCAAAAAGAUGGCCUCGGCGAUGGUUACAUCGCUCAGGCUGAGGCCAAACUUCUCCGCAGCCACGUCACCCUCCUCCUCUUCUUCCGCCGGAAAUGUCAAGUACCGACCCGCCGUAAUUCUCCCGGGUUUAGGGAAUAAUACAGGAGACUACAAGAAGCUGGAGGUAACAUUGGGUGAAUACGGUGUUCCUGCUGUGGUUGCAGCUGUAUCAAGGCUUGAUUGGUUUAGAAAUGCAGCCGGUUUGGUUGAUCCAGCCUACUGGCGUGGCACGCUCCGCCCUCGUCCUGUUCUUGAUUGGUACUUGAAUAGAAUUGAUGAUGCAGUCCGUGAAGCCAAUGAGCUAGCUCAAGGUCAAGGAUUGUGUUUGAUUGGACACUCAGCUGGAGGAUGGCUUGCUCGAGUUUACAUGGAAGAAUACGGAAACUCUGAUAUCUCCUUGUUGUUGACACUUGGUACGCCUCACUUACCACCACCGAGAGGACUUCCGGGGGUUAUUGAUCAAACAAGAGGUCUUCUCUAUUAUGUCGAAGAGAAUUGUGCAAAAGCUGUUUACACUCCUGAGCUGAAAUAUGUCUGUAUCGCCGGGAGAUACAUUCGUGGAGCUCGUUUGGUUGACAAUGCAGAUGCAGAUAUUGAUUCUGAUGUAACUGUUGGAAUCGACAGUGGAGAAGGGAUUUCAGAACUUGCUAUAGCAAGCAACAAGAAGAGUGGUACUUUCCGUGCUCGUUUUGUAGGGCAAGGAUACAAGCAAGUAUGUGGAAGAGCUGAUGUGUGGGGUGAUGGAGUAGUUCCUGAGGUUUCAGCUCAUCUUGAAGGUGCACUUAAUGUUAGCUUCGACGGUGUUUACCAUUCACCUGUUGGUUCAGACGAUGAAACCAGACCUUGGUAUGGCUCACCGGUUAUUGUAAAGGACUGGAUUCACCACCUCCUUGAGUGAUUUUACAACACUGAUUCGUUUCAUUGUUUCUAUCUUUUGACUCGCAAUUCAAACUCUAAUCACAUAAUGUAUUUAUAUUUCUUUCACUAUUGAAUGAUCCAAUUCUAUCAAAAUGCCAUCAAGAAGAGAUUUGAGU